AAUGAGCAUAGUGUUUAUCUCGAAAUUCGUGUUUUUUUGAAUGAAGAAACACACUUUGAUUUCUCUUUAGAUCAUUAUAUGGUUAUUUUACUCCAUACAACAAAAGCCUAGCCAUGCUAUCGUCGUUUCGUAAACAAGAUAAAAAAGACGAAGAGUCAGCUACGAGUGGUAAUCCGUAUAAAAAUUUGGAAAAAGCGUCCGUUCUCCAAGAAGCACGCACAUUCAACGAGUCGACAGUUAAUCCAAAAAAAUGCACUCAAAUAUUAACAAAAAUUGCCUACAUGUUAAAUCAAGGCGAACAAAUGGGACAAACAGAAGCUACAGAAACAUUUUUUGCCAUGACAAAAUUAUUUCAGUCAAAAGAUAUGAUGUUACGUCGGAUGAUAUAUUUAUUGAUAAAAGAUAUGUCUUCGGUAGCGAAUGAUGUUAUAAUCGUUACAUCAAGUUUAACAAAAGAUAUGACUGGCAAAGAAGAUUCACAUCGUGGACCUGCUAUCCGAGCAUUAUGUAAAAUAACGGAUCCUUCAAUGAUGCAGAGUGUCGAACGUUAUAUGAAACAAGCCAUUGUUGAUAAAUUACCAUCGGUCUCAUCUGCUGCUUUGACAUCAUCAAGUCAUAUGAUGCGUCAAGGACCAGAUGUUAUUAAGCGUUGGGUUAAUGAAGUACAAGAAGCUGUUAAUAAUGAUAAUAUUAUGGUUCAAUAUCACGCAUUGGGCUUAUUAUAUCAAAUUCGUCGCUCGGAUAAACACGCUAUUCGAAAACUAAUAUUAAAAUUUUCAAAAGCUGGACUAAAAAGUCCAUAUGCAUACUGUUUUCUUAUUCGUAUUGCUGCCAAUCUGUUAAAUGAAGAAGGUGAAGGUACUGAUAGUUCAGUGUAUGAUUUCAUUGAUUCAUGUUUACGUCACAAAAAUGAAAUGGUGAUCUAUGAAGCAGCUUCAACUAUCAUCUCAUUAAAAUGUGUUACACCAAAAGAGUUAUCUUCAGCUGUGAACGUUUUACAAUUAUUUCUCACGUCAACAAAAUCUGUUUUAAGAUAUGCUGCUGUUCGAACAUUAAAUAAAGUAGCUAUUCAAUAUCCAGCUGCUGUGACAGCGUGUAAUGUCGAUUUAGAAACACUAAUUACUGAUUCGAAUCGAUCAAUCGCAACAUUAGCUAUAACAACAUUAUUGAAAACGGGUAAUGAAACUGGUGUUGAUCGUCUAAUGAAGCAAAUCUCAACAUUCAUGUCGGAAAUAUCCGAUCAAUUUAAAACGGUUGUCGUCGAUGCCAUCCAAUCAUUAUGCCAGAAAUUUCCUCGUAAGCAUUCAACAUUAAUGUCAUUUUUGGCGAAUAUGCUACGUGAAGAAGGUGGUUAUGAUUAUAAAAAAGCAAUAGUCAAUACAAUUAUAACGAUUUUAGAAGAAAAUUCAGACGCAAAAGAAGCGGAUUGCGAGCAUACAUCGUUGGCUACACGUAUUUUACAUUUACUUGGACGUGAGGGACCACGAACAACAACACCAGCAAAAUAUAUUCGAUAUAUUUACAAUCGUGUUAUACUGGAAAAUGCGCCAGUGAGAGCUGCGGCCGUUAACGCAUUGGCUAAAUUUGGUGCAGCAUCCGACGAAUUGUUACCAAAUAUCUUAGUUUUAUUACAUCGAACGAUGUUAGAUCAAGAUGAUGAAGUUCGUGAUCGGGCAACAUUUUUCUAUCAUUUGUUAAAAGAAAAUGAUAAAGCAUUAAAUUCGAUUUAUAUUCUUAAUUCUAUGAAUGUUUCACUCUCAUCGUUAGAAAGAUUAUUACAACGUUAUACAAUGGAGCCAACUCAAAAACCAUUUGAUGUUAGACAAGUGCCAGUUGAAACAGUUCACGUUGAACCAUCUAAAACUGAUAUAGGAAUUUCAAGGCAAGUGGAACAAACACCAAGUAGACAAGAUACUUAUAGUGAACAAUUAGCUACGAUUCCAGAAUUUAGUCAUUUGGGUCCAAUAUUCAAAACAUGUUCAGCUUUUGAUUUAACUGAGAGUGAGGUUGAAUAUGUUGUCAGAUGCAUCAAACAUGUCUUUACACAUUACAUCGUAUUUCAAUUUGAUAUUAACAACACGUUAAACGAUCAAUUAUUAGAACGUGUCACUGUUCAGAUGGAAUCAGCCGAUGGUUUUGAAAUUGUUCAUUAUACACCAUGUCAAGUUAUUAAAUGCAAUGAUAUGGGAACAACAUACACACUUGUUAGACUACCAAAUGAUCCAACAGGAGGCAAGGUGACUGGCAAUUUGACAUGUACAAUGAAAUAUACGGUGAAAGAUUGUGAUCCAACCACAGGUGUACCUGACGAUGAAGAAGGAUAUGCCGAUGAAUUUGUGCUCGAAGAUAUUGAAGUGGCUGUUUGUGAUCAUAUGCAAAAAGUGUUAAAACCAAACUGGAAUGCGUCAUGGGAAGAAAUUGGUGGCGAAAAUGAACUAGAAGAUACGUAUGCACUAUCGAUGCCAACAUUAGAAGAUGCUGUCAAAAAGAUAAUUCAGUAUAUGGGCAUGCAACCGUGUGAACGUUCGGAUAAAGUGGUUGAAAAUCGUUCGUCACAUACACUCUAUCUCGCUGGUGUUUACCGUGGCGGUCAUGACGUAUUGGUACGAGCGAAAAUGGCAUUGAGUGAAAACAUUGCCAUGCAGUUGACGGUGAGAAGUACCGAUCAGUCAGCAGUGCAAGUAGUAGCAUCGGCUAUCGACUAG